UUUAUUUUGAAAGGCGAACCGUACCUCCUGUUGCAGGCGUUUCCCCCCAGAGUCUGUUGCGUGAGGAGAGGUCCGUGAAGGCAACACGGUUAAAGGAAGUACACUGCGACUUCACUUGGGGAUUGAAGAAAAACAACAGCCUUGUUUGUCCCUCUGUGAUCGAGAAGGAAUCCGACUGAGACCAAGACCUGCCAUCGUCUCCUACAUUCAACACACGACGACACAUUUCAGAAGAUGCUUGAGUCCAGUUACCAGAGACAAUGAACCAAACAAGACAGACGGACACAAACAGAGGCGGGUCACACAGACAUGUUUCUCUGGCUCCGCCCUCCAGGUGUCUGACGGACAGACAGCUGCUGCUCUCCUCCACAAAACCACAUGCAUCUAUCUUAAAGGAGAACAGAUGUGAUGUUUACAGAAGAGACUUCACUGAUAUGAGCUUCUGGACUCGCCCAAGAGAGGAGAGAGCACAGAUGAGCAGAGAUGUGUCGCCUCCCUCAGGCGCUCAGAAACACUGCGGCUCCUCUGUGGCUGUGUCAGAGCUCAGGGGCGGUCGAGGCCAUGAAGAACAUACUUUUAGAUCAUCAAGUGAGCAAAGCCUCUCAGGUUCUAUACCAGAGUUUGACCUUCCUCUGAGACAGUCACUCACUUCCACUGUCCUGAAUCCUACCUACACUCCUCAACCAGGGCACUUGAAGUCAGGCCAGAAAGAGGGAAGAGGUUUGGGGCGUUCAGAUGGAGAUCUGACAUCUCCUCACAAGGCAAAUUACUGGGCCUGUGCCAUCCCUAAAGAUGUGCUUCAGUCUCCAGACAGGCACUCUGCAGGCUGGGACCCGAACAAGGACUACCAGGCACUGCUGGAUUACACCUACCCUCUAAGAACAAAUCCUUUGACCUGUGACUGGGACAGCGCUGAGCGCCACAAGCACUCCCUCCUGCAGGCAGACAUGCAAGACUCAGGGAUUGACCUGGAAAACAUCUGCAGUUGGACGAGUGUGUCGGGGUUAGACGUCUCUGUGAGCAGCACAGAGCACACAGAAGAGAGGAGUCAUCGUCGUCUGGAUCGUAGCUUCACUGAGCUGCAGGGGGAGGAGCCACUCUUCCUCACAGACCCUGUGAGUCUGUACCUGAACAAUGUGGACAGCAGUAAGAGCGGCAGUGAUCACCACCUUCAACGCCAUGAAUGGCCCUGCUCCACCUCCACCGCUCUCACCCGCUCCUCCAGGAUACUUCAUCAGCCAGUGUGUGCAUGUAUGGAGGAAGACGAGGAGUUCAGGCGUCUUCCAGAACAGCUGAGCGAGCUGCAGCUGCUGUCCACUCAGGUCUGUGUUAAAACUCACUUUAAAUCACUAACCUAUUAUGUAGCAGGUACUAUUGUGAGGGUGAUCGCAGCUCAGUUAAGGCAGCAAUCCAGAGAUCCAGGAACCUCCUCCAUCUUCUCCUCUGUCACUUCGCCUGAAAAGCCGGAGGCCAAAAACAAAACAAGGGAGGACAACAGUCAAGAUGACACGGGCAAAGAGUGGAAUGUCCCUCAGUCAGCAGCAGCAGCAGCAGCAGCAGCUCACAGGGACUCUGUGGCACUGAGGAGUAAUGGAAGAUGGGUGGAGCCAGUUGGAGGCAGAUCAAGUGCAUCCGGACUUAGGAAAGUGGAGUGUUUGCUGGAGCAGCUGUGUGACCUCACCCUGCAUCAGAGCAGCCAGGGACAACAGGAGCAGAGUGACUCCUUACUGCAGCACAUCCAGGUCUUCUGUUCGCACCUGGAGCAGCUCAUCCAGCAUCUGUACGCAGCGUCAGAGAAGAUCGAGCUCCUGGCUCAACCAGCUGUGGACAUCACCAGACUGAAAUUAUCUCUGGAUGAGUAUCAGAGAGAAGUGAGAAACCAUCUGCCCCUGACCUCCUGUGUCAUGCACAGUGGACAGCUUCUACUCCGUUGCAUCAACAGCAUGUCUCCAUUUUUAAGAGACACUCUGCAGCUGGUUGCGAGGGAAUCUGAAGCUCUGCAGAGCUACAAUCAGCACUUCUCCACGGACAACGUGGUGCAGCAGAGCAGAGACCAGUCGUCUCUGGGAGUGCAGUGAGCCUGCGUGUCUUAACUUAGCACAGCAUGUCUUUGCACACAUUCUGAGGAAAUGCAGCGUCAUAACCUAUGAGA